CCCCAACAACCCCCACCACCUCAACAACAACACUUCGUCGAACGACCAGAGCAGACAGAGGCCCCCGCGCCCGCACCCACCAUUUCGCUCAACAUCGGCGGCUCAUCGAGGCCUGCACCUCCUCUCCAGCCCGUCCAACGUCCAGAACAGACAGAGGCACCGGCACCGGCACCGACAAUCUCGCUCAACAUCGGGGGGUCGAAGCCUCCGCUCCCUCCUGCCGCCGCCCCUACUCCUACCCCAGCUCCAGCGCCGGCAGUAAAGGCUCCUCCACCUGCUGCUGCUGCACCACCAAAAACUACAGCGAAUGUUUCAAGUGCUGCUGCGGGGAGUGGUGCGUCGACACCGAAGGCUUCUGGAGGAUCGAGUUCGCCUGCACCGUCUUCGAAGACUUGGACGAUGGAUAAGGCGAAGACGGAUACGGCGGCGAUCGCGCAGGAGGUGCAGCAGGUUGCGGAUUCUGCUGUUCUGCAGGAUUUGUUUGGGGAGAUCAAAGAGCACCUCAACAUCGUCUUCAUCGGCCACGUCGACGCCGGCAAAUCCACCAUGGGCGGCAACAUCCUCUACCUUUCCGGCUCCGUCGACAAACGGACCAUGGAAAAAUACGAAAAAGAAGCGAAAGAGGCCGGCCGGGAGACGUGGUACCUCUCCUGGGCGCUCGACUCCACGCCCCAAGAACGUUUGAAGGGCAAGACGGUGGAGGUCGGGAGAGCGUACUUCGAGACCCCCGCGAGACGGUACACGAUCCUCGAUGCGCCGGGGCAUAAGACGUACGUGCCGAGCAUGAUCAGCGGCGCGGCGCAGGCGGAUAUCGCGAUCCUCGUGAUUUCGGCGAGGAAGGGCGAGUUCGAGACGGGGUUUGAGAAGGGAGGGCAGACGAGGGAACAUAUCAUGUUGGUGAAGACGGCGGGGGUGAAUAAGGUCGUGGUCGUGAUCAACAAGAUGGACGAUGCAACCGUGAAGUGGGAGAAGGCGCGGUUUGAGGAGAUUAAGGAUAAGUUGACGCCGUUUGUUAGGGGGGCGGGAUUCAACCCGAAGACGGAUGUGAAUUGGAUGCCGGUGAGCGCGCAGACGGGGGCGAAUUUGAAGGAUAGGGUGGAUAAAUCUAUCUGUCCGUGGUGGGACGGCCCCUCCCUCCUCGAACUCCUCGACCACAUGCCCAUGGUCGACCGCAAAAUGACCUCCCCGCUCAUGAUGCCCAUCUCCGAAAAAUACAAAGACCUGGGGACCAUCGUCGUCGGCAAGAUCGAAUCCGGCCACAUCAAAAAAUCCGACACACUCAUCCUCAUGCCCAAUCACGUCACCGUCGAAGUUUCCGCACUCUACAACGAAAUGGACGACGAGGUGAACAUGGCUGUAUCCGGUGACAACGUGCGCAUACGGUUGAGGGGCGUGGACGAUGAGGAUAUCAGUCCGGGUUUCGUGUUGACUAGUGUGCAGAAGCCGGUGAGGGCGGUGAGACAGUUCGAGGCGCAGUUGGCGAUAUUGGAGCAUAAGAAUAUUAUUUGUGCGGGGUAUUCGGCGGUGAUGCAUGUGCAUACGCUUUCGGAGGAGGUUACGUUGGUGGCAUUGCUGCAUUACUUCGAUAAAGCCACCGGCCGCAAAUCGAGGAAACCACCACAGUUCGCUAAGAAGGGCCAGCGCAUCGUAGCGCUCAUCGAGACAGCGGCGCCGGUAUGUGUGGAGCGCUUUGCGGAUUAUCCACAGUUGGGGAGGUUCACGCUGCGUGAUGAAGGCCGGACAAUCGCAAUCGGAAAAGUCACGAAACUGAUCGAGGGCGUGAUGGACGAGAAAGAGAUCGCGGACGGCGUGGCGGCGAUCGCGAUCGCGGGAUCGCAGUCGCAGGGGAAUAACGCUGCUGCUGCUUGAACGUUUUGCGCUGUCUGUCUUGGUUGUUGGAGAUGUGGAUUUCGGGCGUGGUGCGGGUCGGUGGGAUGAUGCAGGAUGAGUCGUGUAUCAUGAUCACGAACACGGGCACGACGAAAAUGAUGAAGGUCACGAGUGUGCGCAGAGCGGGUGAAAUAAAUGCUUUGCUUGUCGUUGUUGUUGUUGCUGUUGUUGUAUUUGCCGAGAUCGAGUAGGAUGUUGAUGUUGUAGCGACUAUAGCGUGUAGCGACUGUAGCCCAUUCCCAUUGUUCUUGUUGUGCUUGUGCUUGUGCUUGA